CUCUACUCAUACUGAUUAAGGAUACUGGAAGAGUAAAGAUCAGAGAAUUGUGGAGUGUGAAACCUUAGUGAGUAUAAGCUACUUAUACAGACGAAGGUAUUACCCAUUGCUUUAAGUACUGUUGCUUUUACUUUAACCAGACCAUUGUGACAACUACAAAAGCUCCUGUGACUAAAAUCAAGAAAGUCUAAUAUAAAUGAAUAAUAACUCGACAUGCAUUCAACCAUCCGUGAUCUCUACUACAGCUCUACCGAUCACUUACAUCUUUUUAUGUAUUGUUGGUCUCUUUGGAAACUCACUUGCUCAGUGGGUAUUUUUAACAAAAAUAGGUAAGAAAACAUCAACACAUAUCUACUUGGCAAAUCUUGUGACUGCAAACUUACUUGUGUGCACUGCUAUGCCUUUCAUGGGUAUAUAUUUCUUGAAGGGUUUUUAUUGGAAAUAUCAAUCUGUACAAUGCAGACUGGUCAAUUUUUUGGGAACUCUAUCCAUGCAUGUAAGUAUGUUUGUCAGCCUCUUAAUUUUAACCUGGAUUGCCAUAAGCCGCUAUGCUACCUUAGUGAAAAAGGAGUCUGUGCAAGAGGCCACCUCAUGCUACGAGAGAAUGUUUUAUGGUCACUUACUGAAAAGAUUUCGCCAGCCCAACUUUGCCAGAACAAUGUGCAUUUACAUAUGGGGAGUUGUACUUGUCGUAAUUAUUCCAGUUAUCCUAUACUACUCAGCGGUCGAGGCUACAGAAGAAGGAGAGAGCCAGUGCUACAAUCGGCAGAUGGAACUGGGAGGCAGCCCUUCUCAGAUUGCGGGUCUCAUUGGAACCACAUUUAUUGGAUUCUCCUUUUUAGUAGUUGUGACAUCAUACUAUUCUUUAGUCAGCCACCUGAGAAGAGUAAGAACCUGUACCUCCAUUACUGAGAAACAUUUGACCUACAGAUCUGUGAAAAGACACCUUCUGAUUAUCCAGGUCCUCCUAGUAGUUUGCUUUCUUCCAUAUAGUAUUUUUAAACCCAUUUUUUAUGUUCUGCACCAGAGAGAAGGAGACUGUCAGCAGCUGAAUUAUUUAAUAGAAGCAAAAAAUAUCCUCACUUGUCUUGCAUCAGCCAGAAGUAGUACAGACCCCAUCAUAUUUCUUUUAUUAGAUAAAACAUUCAAGAAGACACUAUAUGAUCUCCUUACAAAAUCUUAAUUCACUGCCCAUACUACCUUAUGGUUGGCUUUUGGAUAGAAAACACCACAAAAUAGAAAAAAAAUGCAUGUGACUCUUUCAGUGACAUUAAUAGGCACCAAGAAAACCUCUAUGGGUUUUAAAAACAAAUAUAUGCAUAAAAUUGAACUUACAGUUCUACUUAUACUGAAAGACGAGAUGGCAGAGACUUUGAAA